UCUCUCUCAAAAAUCUCAAAACCCAAUUCAUUGCACAUAAAAGAAAACCAUAUAAAAAACCAUAGUUUUAUUAUAUGGCUUUCCGAGUCCUUUUCAGUAUGGCUGCUUGGGGACUUUUGGCCUUGGUCUUGGUGGUCGAACCUCAUGGCGUGCACAGCUUUGGCCGUGGCUGGUUUGGUCCGAGAAAAGGCGUCGUGGCUCCACCGGAGGCCGGUAUAUGCGCGGCAUCGGUUCUUCCUUAUGGCUACAAAUGCCAAGAGAUUGAAGUGACAACUCAAGAUGGCUAUAUUCUGAAUGCGCAAAGAAUCUCAGGAGGGCGAACUGGCCGGGGAAGCGGCCAAAAGAAGCCGCCUGUCUUGAUCCAACAUGGAGUCCUUGUGGAUGGAAUGACAUGGCUUUUAAAUUCACCAGAAGAAAAUCUACCAAUGAUUUUGGCUGAUAAUGGCUUUGAUGUGUGGAUUGCCAACACCAGAGGAACCAGGUUUAGCCGCAAGCACAAAGCAUUGGACCCUAGCAGACCGAGGUUUUGGAACUGGUCAUGGGAUGAACUGGUGACCUUUGACCUACCGGCUGUUUUCGAUUUCGUGUAUAAAGAAACAGGGCAGAAGAUUGAUUAUGUGGGCCAUUCACUGGGGACAUUGAUAGCUCUGGCAUCCUUCUCAGAAGGGAGGCUAGUGAACCAGCUGAAAUCAGCAGCCUUGUUGAGCCCAAUUGCUUAUUUGAGCCACAUGAACACUGCUCUUGGAGUUGUUGCUGCCAAAGCCUUUGUUGGAGAGAUCACCACAUUAUUCGGCCUUGCGGAGUUUAAUCCAAAAGGGGAGCCUGUGGCCAACUUUCUCAAAGGCCUUUGUGCUUAUCCAGGAGUUGACUGCUAUGACUUACUUAGUGCAAUUACUGGUCACAAUUGUUGUCUCAAUUCUUCAACUGUUGACCUCUUCCUGAAGAACGAGCCCCAAUCAACAUCCACUAAGAACAUGGUUCACUUGGCUCAGACUGUGAGACAUGGGAUUUUGGCAAAGUUCAACUACGGGAGACCCGACUACAAUGUGUUGCACUACGGGGAAGCCAGUCCUCCUGUUUAUAACCUCUCCAACAUCCCUCACAACCUUCCGCUUUUCAUUAGCUAUGGCGGCCGGGACGCGCUUUCCGAUAUUCGAGACGUAGGGCUUUUACUUGAUAGUCUCAAGCACCAUGAUGUGGACAAGAUGACUGUUCAGUUUAUUAAGGAUUAUGCUCACGCGGAUUUCAUAAUGGGAGUGGACGCCAAGGACAUUGUCUAUAAUGCUGUAGUGUCGUUUUUCAAGCACCAACACUGAACCUCAGCGAGGGAGGGUCAGUUUAUGAUAAGGAAAAAAAAAAAAAAAAAAAAAAACUCAUUA